AUGCUUUGUGGUUCUCUCAAGGAUAAACUUCUUCAUACAUCACGUCGUUGCUUUUUAAAUAAUUUUCUGCUUUUUCUUCUUGUCUUUUUUGACGGUAAGGUGUUUUGUUUGUCCUUAUUAUUAUGUCAUAACUUGCUUCUUGUUGUGAAUUCUUUCAACCCCUUUACUUCCCAUUAAUAAGUUAGUUUGCAGUAAACGUGAAUGAGCCUGAAUAAAAUACUUUACUAGUUUAGACAUAGGGACACGGUAAAAAGGCGUUUUAAGAAACAAAUAACUAUGUUUAUGUUUUGCUUAUAGAGAAUAGAAAUAUUUUCGAUACUUUUGAGCGACAGUCCAAUUGUUUAAAGGCAUAACAGGUGUUUGAUUGAAAAUUUAGUUAGAAACAAAGCGUGAAAGCCGAAACAAAUCUUCUACCCGCAGAUUUAAUUACCCAGAUUGGGAUACUUGAAUUUUGGUCAAGAGAGCAAAUUCAUUAAAAAGUAGCUUUUCGACCAAAAGUAGCCUCGUGAAAAAAAUUAAUGGCUAAACUUUUCCGUUGCAGCUUUUCUAUUUUAUAGACGAACGUUACCGGUGGCGAAAAAAUAAGGCGGGUCAAGAGAGUGUCUUUCGCUUUUAUAUCAAGGCGGGCUAGUGUUGCUUGAGUGCGCUCUAUCUAACAUAAAUGGUGCUUGAAAAGGUCCAAACAAACGAGACUCGAGAUUCAAUAGCUUGGUGUUGACUUCCUAAAUACGUUUAUUUACCGAAAUCAAUGACUGAAAGCGGUGCAGCGAAGGGCCGCAAAUCAUCUUACGUUCGAGUUGAUUCGAGUCCAACAAACCGGAUCUUGAUCUUAACCUCGCCUCUGACAAUACAGACAGCGUAAAAAAUAAAUUAAUUCUAAGUCUUAAUCUACGGGGCUUUAACUAUUUACAAAAUUUAUUUUAUUGAUAUUGGCUACUGUUCUCUCAUACCAAAAAAGGAGCCAAUGAUUCCACGGCACGGGGCUUACCAACGGAAGGCAGAAGGCGGCUAUAUCAAACAACAGCGGAUCCGAUUCCUCAUCCAAAUGCAGUGAGCUUGAAAAAAUCAGAAACAAUAAACCUAUUAAGAAAUAAACUCCGCUUUUACAACGUACUAGUGAAUUGGCCGACAAAAAGUGUAACACCACAGAGACCUUUGGAAGAGUCAGCAGUGAAGAAAUCUAACACAGAAGGGAGGCCCCUGGAGCGAAAACAAAAUCUGAACUUCUUCCUGGAUUCACGUCCGAACGCAGAUCAUGAGAAAGCGAACAAUUCUUCUGAAGAAAAUUUCAUAGUUUCUGGAGCUUUACAAGAUGAAGACCAGCUCUCUUUUGGACGAGAAAAUAUGCGGUCAAAAAUAAAUAAAAUGCCGACUUACAAGUACGAGAAGGGUGUUUUACGAAGACAGCAAACACCCAUUAUGCUUUCGGAUAACUCUGAUGAAGAAUUAUUAGCAGCUAAAGCGGGAGUUUUCACAAAGGGAAAAGCAACCCGUAGAGCUCUUUCUCAUCCUCAUUCGGAAAGUGCUUUCAGUAGAGAUUCUUUAGAGUCAAAGACUGAGGUCUAUCGACCAAGGCAAUCAUCCCGUGAUUCCAUCCCACAUCUUCCGCCAGGAAACAAUGUAGGAGACAGCUUGGGUAGCAAGCGUGCCCUUAUAUUUUCAGAUGAUACUGCCAAGAUCUUGGAAAGAAAAACGCUGUUAUAUUCCGAGCCCUUUUACAGGCCAACUGGCGCACUGGAAAAAAAUGAACACUUAGAUCCCAGACGGUUGAUUUCAAUAUUAGGUGACCCAUUACCUGUGUAUAAAAGAAGCGAUUUUGCUGAUCAAAAUGGUGUCACAAUGGUCAGAGUAGGUACUGAAUCCCGGAGAAAACCGCACAGUAAAGGGCGGGUAAGAAGGGCUCAUCACAGAAAGGCCCAUUUUCGACCUCAUCGACAAAGGUUUUUGGAUUCGAAAAAGGAAAAUUGGGAUCAAGAUGAGGAAGACAUUGGACAGACUAUGGUAAGAUUUUUUAGUCGUAAGCAGAGUCAGAAGCGCAACGGAAUCGGAGUCGGAAGAAUCAGAACGUUUCCAUAUCUGACUCUGCUUACGACUCCGUCGCUUACGAUCUAGUGAAAACCAGAUUGUCGGAGUCGGAAGCAGAAGCGGAAGGAUAAACCAAUCACAAUGCACGUUUCCACGCUUUGUGAUUGGUUCAGUUCAUUUGCCUCUGCUUGCGACUCCGACAACCUAAUUUUCACUUGAUCGUAAGCGACGGAGUCGUAAGCGAAAUCGGAGUAGGAGUCGUAAUCAGAAGCGUAGAACUUUACGAUCAAGUGAAAACACCGUUCUGAUUCUUCUGAUUCCGCUGACAACUCUGUCGUUUACGAUCAAGUGAAAACUGGGUCGUCGGAGUCGCAAGCAGAAGCUGAUGAACUAAACCAAUCACAAUAUGUGGGAACGUGCAUUGUGAUUGGUUUAUCCUUCCGCUUCUGCUUCCGACUCCGACAAUCUGGUUUUCACUAGAUCAUAAGCGGGACGUAAGCGACGGAGUCGGAAGAAAAUGGAAACGUUCUGAUUCUUCUGACUCUUCUUAGGUCUCCGAUUUUUCAUUUCCACUAGGUCAUGAGCACUCCUACGACUCCGACUUCGACUCUGAAUCCAUCGCUAACUGAAAACCAGCCUUAAACGCCUUACUCAGCGUGUUGUGCGUUUCACCUAAAAUUUACAAACAUUGAAUGAAAGGGAGAGGCUGCUUGUGGCCUUAUAAAAAAACUGAUGAAAUACAUGUUAUUGCCAGUCAGUAUCACAAACAACUAAAUUUUUUUCUAAUACUUAAAAGCUAAGUUUGAAGUCUCUUGUUUUUAUGGUUUAUGUCAACAUUCGACUCCCUUUCAACCAUUGACUCCUAACUGAAAGUUACUAGCUCUUGAGUUAUAACCCUUUUCAUAGAUUUCCGAUGUGGUCGCUUAUAAGCCUUAGUCUGGGGAAACAGCCGACAUUUCGUGAUGCUACCAAUGGUUUCCCCGAGAAAUGACGCCUCGCAGAAAUUCAAAUUCCACACUGGUGAUGCGUCAAAGCCUUUAUUUGGGUAGUGCUUCUGAUUCAGAUUCGCGAUGAAAGUUUGCUUUAAGCAAUCAGAAGCACUACCCACAUCUGACACGUCAUCGAUAUCGAAUUCCUGCAGUCGUUUCUCAGACGGAAUUUUGCAGGGAAACCGUUGGUAACGUCGCGAAAUGUCCGCUCUUUCUGAGGCUAAUAAGAGCUUUUUCUGUGUCUCUUUUGCAAGACUUUUCAUUGUCUGUAAUUAUUUAAUUUUGACAGGACUUCAGUGGUUUGAAACGCAGUCCUAAUGAAUACAGCAUGCUAGAGCGCCUAAUCAAUGAUAACACAAUAUCAUUUGGAACCAAAGCAGAACAACUGGAUAAAGAGUCCACGAUAAAAGAAGUGGAAGCUCUGUCCGCCCAAAGCACUCGUCCAUAUAGCGAUGAGCACCUUAUGGGACUACCGGACGAUUUAUCGACCAUGGAAGUGUCGGAGGGGGAGUUACCGCCUUAUGACAAACUUCCAGGCCAACAUGUUGGACUAGAUAUUCGAAGAAAUCAUAUUUCGAAGAAAAUGGAACAGAAAAGCCGCGCAUCUUUAAACGCAAUUUCUAGUCAGGUUGGUGAUGAUAGAGAAAAGACUGGGAAUGAAGCUGAUUCCUCAGCUCGACCCAGGCUGCGGAGAAAAAAGAAGCGCUCAUUACGACACCACUUUCAUCAUCAUCACCACUGGCGUUCGCCCUACUUUCAUGUUAGGUCACAAGAAUUUUCUCCCUACUACGACUACCAAGAAGGACACGAACCUAUUGAGUUCAUACCAAGAAUAACACGUUUUAUGGAUUUCCCGAGAUUUCCCGUCCCGAGACGAUUGCCAAAGUUUCCAAUGUCAUUGAUGUCCGAACGAUUUGUUCCGUAUCCCCGCCUUCCUAAAAUUGCUGAAUAUUCUCCCCCACAGUUGGAAACUUUAGAACAUUACCCAGAGCCACCACCUAUCCCAACGGCUAUUUCAGAACGUGAGAAAGCUGGCAGUAGGGAACAAGAACCCGUGGAUGAAUGGGCCCCGUUACCCGAACCUGUCCCCGCACCUGAACCCCCACCAAUUCCGGAGCCCGCUCCAAUACCAGAAUUGGCACCUAUUAAAGAGAUCCCUCCCAUCAAAGAACCACAGGAAAAGACACCUCCAAAUUUGGACCCCAAGAAAACAUUUGAUACCGGGGAAAGUAAUGGUGGAGUAAAGAAGAGUUCUUGA